ACUGGUUCGUCUCUGAGUGCAAUGUAAUGUUUUUGUUCAUUGUAAGAAUUCGCGGUUGCAAUUUAGAUAUAUUUUCAGCUAUUUAGUAAUAGUUUUAAUGUGAGUGGGCUCUUUCUCGCAGUAACAAUGGGAUACAGCAGAUUUGCGCUGCACUGCGGCCUGGCUUUCAUUUUUCUUGCCAUCCACCCCGUCUAUGGAGACGUGAGCUACUCUAUUCCGGAAGAGAUGAAACGUGGAUCUGUAAUCGGAAAUAUUGCAAAGGAUCUUGGACUUGAUUUGGGCAGACUGUCCGCCCGCAAAGCCCGUAUCGAUACCGAGGAUAACAGUGUUAAGUACUGCGGUGUGAAUCUCAACACCGGAGACUUGAUUGUACAAGAAAGGAUUGACAGAGAAGGGCUUUGUGCGAAAAAAGCAUCGUGCGUUCUAAAACAGGAACUCGUUCUGGAAAAUCCAUUAGAGCUGCACCGUAUUAGUAUCCGUGUUCAGGAUAUUAAUGAUAAUUCACCACAGUUUAAGGAGGAUUCACUGAAAUUUGAAAUUCGUGAAAUGGCAGCAAAGGGUGCGCGUUUUCUCCUGGAUGAGGCGCACGAUGGAGACAUCGGAGAAAAUGCUGUCCAGGGCUACUCACUUCAGCAGAAUGAUCACUUCAAACUUAAUGUUAAGUCAAAAGGUACGGGCAGAAAAUAUGGUGAAUUGGUUUUAGACAAAGAAUUAGACAGAGAGGAAAAUAAAGAGAUUAUGUUAUUACUUACCGCAUUUGACGGUGGCUCUCCUCAGAGGUCAGGUACUGUAGUCAUACACGUCACUGUGCUGGAUGCUAAUGAUAAUGCACCAGAGUUUAGCCAGGCCAUUUACAAAGCCAGUCUGCCUGAAAACUCUCUUCUGGAUACAUUGGUGAUCACAGUGAGUGCAGCUGAUGCAGACGAUGGAGUGAACGGUGAAGUUACUUAUGGAUUUGACGAUGUUUCAGAUGAAAACCAAGUUUUCUCUCUAAACCCUAAAACCGGAGACGUUAAAGUGGCUGGGGCUAUUGAUUAUGAAAAAGAAUCUUCAUAUGAAAUGCAGAUCAGCGCUAAAGAUGGCCUGGGAUUGGCGUCAUAUGCAACUUUAAUAAUUGAAAUUACUGACAUAAAUGAUAACGCUCCUGUUAUUUACCUGAAAUCACUGACUAACGCUAUACCUGAGAACGUGUCACCUGGUACAGAGGUGGGCAUUAUUAACGUGCAGGACAGAGACUCUGAGAAUAACAGACAGGUCCGCUGCUCCAUUCAGCAAAAUGUCCCUUUUAAGUUAGUUCCCUCAAUUAAAAACUAUUAUUCUCUGGUGACCACAGGACAACUGGACCGCGAACUAGUGUCUGAUUACAACAUUACAAUCACAGCCACUGACGAGGGCUCUCCACCUCUGUCCUCCUCCAAAACUGUUCAGUUAUCUGUAGCUGACAUCAACGACAACCCACCUGUGUUUGAGGAACAGUCCUACAGCGCAUAUGUGACAGAAAAUAACAAACCUGGCUCCACUCUAUGUUCCGUUAGUGCUCGAGAUCCUGACUGGAGACAAAACGGUACAGUGAUUUAUUCUCUGUUACCUGGUGAAGUGAACGGUGCUCCGGUGUCCUCCUAUCUGUCUGUUAACGGAGACACGGGGGUGAUCCACGCUGUGAGGUCGUUUGAUUAUGAACAGUUCAGGAGCUUUAAAGUCCACGUGAUGGCCAGAGACAACGGUUCUCCUCCUCUGAGCAGCAACGUGACCGUCAGUGUCUUUAUAUCGGAUGUGAACGACAAUUCUCCUCAGAUACUGUACCCCGGCCAGGAGGGCAACUCGUUCAUGACCGAGCUGGUCCCCAAAGCUGCACACGGAGGCUCUCUGGUAUCCAAAGUGAUAGCGGUGGACGCGGACUCCGGACAGAACGCCUGGCUGUCCUAUCAUAUAGUCAAAUCGACUGAUCCGGGACUUUUCACUAUUGGUCUCCACAGCGGAGAGAUCAGGACACAGCGGGACAUUUCUGAAUCUGACAGCAUGAAACAGAACCUUAUUGUGUCAGUGAAAGAUAACGGACAGCCCUCUCUCUCUGCCACCUGUUCCAUGCAUUUACUUAUUUCUGAUAACUUGGCUGAGGUGCCAGAGCUGAAGGAUAUUUCUUAUGAUGAGAAGAAUUCAAAACUGACCUCUUAUCUGAUCAUCGCGCUGGUUUCUGUGUCUACAUUUUUUCUGACUUUCAUUAUCAUCAUUCUGGGUGUGAGGUUUUGUCGCAGGAGAAAGCCCAGACUGUUGUUUGACGGAGCAGUCGCCAUCCCCAGCGCUUAUCUCCCUCCUAAUUACGCAGAUGUUGACGGCACAGGAACUUUACGCAGCACUUACAAUUAUGACGCCUACCUGACAACAGGUUCUAGAACCAGUGACUUUAAGUUUGUGACAUCAUACAAUGACAACACACUGCCUGCAGACCAGACUCUGAGGAAAAGUCCAUCAGACUUUGCUGAGGCCUUUGGAGAUUGUGAUGGUUCUCCUGAGGUAGGGACAGGUGUCACGUAUAGUUUGACCUAUUUUUAUCUGCAUUUGAAUGGUUCAGCCAAUACCCUUAGAGAAAUGUGUCUUUGCCCUUUUCUUGUUUAUGCUUGUGGAGACCACGGUUUUAAUAGUAACACACGUUUGCGAUGAAUUUUC